CUUUUUUUCAAAAUUCUCAUUUGGAUUGACAUCUAUCAUCAAUAUUGUGUUUUUUUGGCAAUAUUUUUAUAUAAAUUUUCUAUUUGUGAUAUCGUAAAAAACAGCUAUCAAUUAGUUAAUACUGGAUAAUAAUGUUGAAUUUACGAAAUUUCUUAUAAAACGUGCCGAUGGCUUGUCAAUCGGGUGAUAAUAAGAAACUGUUCAAAGUGUUUGACGCGACACGACAGAAGUCCCAUAAACGGCGUGAUAGAGUGGAAGAGCACUCUCCUGUCACUGAUGGAUCUACCAGCGGUGGUCCAGCCCUGCAACCGCGCAGCCGGCCGGCUUCAGGCAUGCCCAGUCUACAAGACAUGUCGGCGCUGCAGCUUGACGACAUCACUUCGGACCUCGGCAGUCACAGAAGGCAAGGCAUGUCACUUGCGCUAAAAGGAGGGCGCGUGUCUACCCCACGAUCCAUCUCUCCCAAUGCUGACAAUAGGAAGCGGGAAGACGCAGCUACAGAGGUGGCGCGGUUCGAUGAGGAUUCUAUCGUUUAUGCCUUUCUGGAAGACGCAAUAAAAAGGGAUAAGAAAAAACGUCACGGCAAGCGUCACGAGGAGGUGGCGAGCCCCGAGCGUGAUGCGCGCCGCAAGCACCACCACAAGCACCGCCACCGGGACGACGCGUCGAUGCUUGACCAUAAGUCAAGAAAAGAAUCGCCUCCUCCAGUAAAUCAGAUCACAGAAACGAUUGUAGAGACAUUUGCAAAAUUAUGCGCGCAAUUUAACGACAAUGGUCGUAACGCUGAUAAACAGCUACCACGACAAAUCAGUAACAAAUCGCUUCAGUGCUUAGUAGAAAACGAAAUAGACCAGCGACCGACUAAACUGCGUAGUCCAGCACACUCGAGAGAGGAGUCCCCAGCGUCCCGCGUUCGCAGCCACAUGACCAUCCACCAACGACCCGACAGAACCCAACCGGAGCGGUAUAAAGACCCCUCUAGGCAUCCCAGCAAGCAAGACAUGAGAAGACGCGACGAAUACCCAAUUCUAGAUCCACGGAGAAGUCGAAUAGAAGUCAAUAACCUGUCCACCAGAGGCAGACACAGCCCUGAAUACUGCUACAGGGACUACGACAGAGAGCAUCGUCACUAUGAAGAGGAUAAGAAGCGGCAGUGUGAACAGAAAACGAGUAGGAGCUUCGAUAUUCACAGAGAGCGUUACGAAGGGGACAAUGUUAGGAGAACGUUUAGAAGCGAUGAUAAGAACUACGAAUGCCGGCAUCGGAGGUUUGACGAGCGGGGUGGGAAAAAGUUUGAAGAUCGCGAGCGGUUUUACGAAGACCGUCGGAGGGAAGACAAGGGUCGUGGUAAGAGGAAUGUGGACCAUCACUUGGACAGGAUGUCCGUGGCCUCCCGUGAUGACGACUACAGGGAGAGGCUCUCGGAGCGGGAGAGGGAUUCGGGAAGUGUGGCUGAUGGGGCGAGCACGGUCAGCGAUCGGAGCAAUUAUCUCAAGUUUGUCAAGCAAGAAAUAGCGGAACAAAGGGAGUCGAUGGACAAAAUGAUGAAGCUAUGGAAGGAGCUGAUGAAGUGCUUCAAGGGAGUCUCGAAGCCGCAGGACCAAAACCUGAAGACUGCUAAUGCGACGGCGGAGCAGGCGCGCGACUCGGCGGCGUCGCAGCUGCGGCUGUGGCGCGAGUGCAUGCGCCGCUACGAGACCGUGGCGCGCGACGUGGGCGACACCGACACCAGGCUCAAGGAGGAGAUCAACAAGCAGCGUCAAGAGAUGGCGGAGAUGGCGGCGAUGUGGCAGGAGUGUCUGCAGCGGUACCGGGACAUGAGCAGCGACUUCAACAAGCUCAAGCAGAAGGUGAGUCGCCAGUUGGAGACCCCGGAGCCCCCGACGCGGCUGGCGGCGCCCGCGGCCCCCUGCGCCGAGGGAGAGCCGCAGCCCUACCGUGUGCCGCCGCCCUACCCGCCACCGCAACCACAGCUGCACCACUACGCGAUGGGCGGAUCACCUCUACGGGGGCGCGCGUCGGCGCCGCCGCCCCCGCCCUGGCACUGGUGGGGCGAGGGACGCCCGCGCCGCCGCCGCCAGGGCUCGCAGGAGUCGCGAGGUUCAGGGCACUCGCGAGAUAGGAGGAGACGAUCAAGGUCACGGCCCAGGGAGCGCCGUAAGGACAGAGAUGAGUCAAGAUAUAAGGAUAAACCAUCAAAGACAUCAGCAGCUCGAUCUGAACAUAAACCCAGGAAGAGAUAACAAGAAAACUUAGUGCAACUUUCAACUAUUUCACAUCUGUGCAAGUUAAAUCAUAGUUUAACAAUCUACAAUAACAAUAAGUUAAAUUGAUUGUGAGAUGAUAAGAUGAAACUCUUUCUGUAUGUAUGUAAGAAAUGUUUAUUAUUAAUAAUAUUUUUUAUAGCUAAUUUACUGUGUAUUUGUGACUAAAUAAAGUUUAUUUUAAAGUUUA